UAACACUUUUCGUAAAGCACAGAAAUUGUUGAAAUUGUAAGCAAAAAAAAAAAAAAAACAAAUUAUAUAAAUCUAGAACAAAAAUGGCAACACGUGUUGUGGCAACGGCAACGGUUCGCGCAGUUAAGGGACGCAAGCUAAUACCAACUCGUGCCGCAUUAACGCUGACGCCCGCUGCAGUGAAUCGCAUCAAAUCGCUGCUGCAGAACAAGCCAGAUGUGAUCGGCCUCAAGGUUGGCGUGCGGCAGCGCGGCUGCAAUGGACUGUCAUAUACCCUAGACUAUGCCAGCACCAAAGAUAAAUUGGACGAGGAGGUUGUGCAGGAUGGCGUGAAGGUGUUUAUUGAUAAGAAGGCUCAACUCUCAUUGCUGGGCACAGAAAUGGACUUUGUCGAAUCGAAGCUAUCCAGCGAAUUCGUCUUCAACAAUCCAAAUAUAAAGGGCACGUGUGGCUGCGGUGAAUCGUUUAGCAUGUAAAGCGUUUUGCACUCAUUUCCUUCUCUAACUACGGAAUCGCAACCCGCCUCGCAAAAAAAC